CUCGCCUGCCCGCGGGAGAGGGGAGAGAAUUCGAACGCUUCCCGGCGUCCUGGUCUCGCGCUGCCCCUCGGCGGCUAGCGUCCCUCACACAGACACCGCGUUUCCUCUCCACACUCGCCGAGAAACAGAACAGCCUCCAAGCUGGCGGGAGCCAUGGUUCACAUCAAGAAAGGCGAGCUGGCCCCGGAGGAAAAGGCACUGCUGGAAGUCAUCGGAAAAGGUACUGUCCAAGAAGCUGGAACAUUAUUAGCCAACAAGAAUGUCCGUGUCAACUGUUUGGAUGAGAAUGGAAUGACUCCUUUAAUGCAUGCUGCAUAUAAAGGAAAACUUGAUAUGUGCAAAUUACUUCUGCGACAUGGAGCUGAUGUAAAUUGUCAUCAACAUGAACAUGGAUACACAGCCCUCAUGUUUGCAGCACUUUCUGGUAAUAAAGACAUCACGUGGGCAAUGUUGGAAGCUGGUGCCGAGACAGAUGUUGUCAACUCGGUAGGAAGGACAGCAGCUCAGAUGGCAGCCUUUGUGGGUCAACAUGAUUGUGUAACUGUAAUCAACAAUUUCUUUCCUCGAGAGAGACUGGAUUAUUACACUAAACCCCAGGGACUGGAUAAAGAGCCAAAACUGCCCCCAAAGUUGGCAGGCCCACUGCACAAAGUUAUCACCACAACAAAUCUUCAUCCUGUCAAGAUCGUGAUGCUUAUAAAUGAGAACCCUCUGCUGGCAGAAGAAGCAGCUCUGAACAAGUGCUACAAGGUGAUGGAUUUGAUUUGUGAGAAAUGUAUGAAGCAAAGUGACAUGAAUGAAGUAUUGGCUAUGAAAAUGCAUUACAUCAGCUGCAUCUUUCAGAAAUGUAUUAACUUCUUAAAAGAUGGAGAGAAUAAAUUGGAUACUCUGAUCAAAAGCUUAUUAAAAGGCCGACCUUCGGAUGGCUUUCCGAUAUAUCAAGAAAAGAUCAUUAGAGAAAGUAUCAGAAAAUUUCCUUACUGUGAAGCCACACUCCUCCAGCAGCUGGUGCGAAGCAUCGCUCCCGUUGAAAUUGGUUCUGAUCCCACUGCAUUCUCUGUACUUACUCAAGCCAUCACUGGUCAGGUGGGUUUUGUGGAUGUUGAGUUUUGUACCACCUGUGGAGAAAAGGGAGCGAGUAAAAGAUGCUCAGUAUGCAAAAUGGUAAUAUAUUGCGACCAAACCUGCCAGAAAACACACUGGUUUGCACAUAAGAAAAUCUGUAAGAAUCUCAAGGACAUUUAUGAGAAACAACAAUUGGAGGCUGCCAAAGAAAAGAGUGAAGAGGAGAACACAGAUAGCAAACUGGAUGUCGAUUCGAAUGGUGUCACUGAAGAGCAGCCAGAGGCUGGACCGGCAGUGCCGCAGGAGGACUGCGGUGCUAAGGGUCCUGAGGAAGGGGAGAAGGCCUCUCUGCAGUGCGAUGCUGGCUUGGAAUGCUCACAGGAGGCUACUGCAGGUCCACUGGCAUCUGAGGAGUAAAAGCCAGAGCACAUGCCAGCACGGACACGGUCCUCACCCUGCAGGGGCUGGAGAACUCGUGGGAUUGUCCCCAUUGCCUGUGACAGCGCCCGGCACCGUGGCAGCAUUUCCUAGAAUAGAUAGAUGCUUGCCAGCAAAGCUGUGUCUACCCUGCCCUAAUUUCCCCUGAUUUCUGUUCCAUAAUUUGACAGAUAUUCCUAUGGAAAAAAAUUAAUUUUCAAAAUACAGGAGAAACAUUUCUACUUCCUUUCGGAGCCCAGCUUUCCAGCAGUUGUUCUCAAAGGGGAGAAAAUCCCCUUAAAGAAGAAAUAGAGGCUCCAGGAAACUAAGGGUGAAGUCAGACAGGUGUAGGAGAGAGGAAGUUUUUAAGAAAAAAAUGUUAUAGUGACAAAGAUGGGUAGUUAAAAAAAAAUCAUAACUUUUGUGUGAAUAAAAUGCAUAUAAAUAGCAUUUACAAUAGUGAAAUUCUAUGUAGUAGGAUAUAAGGAAAUGAAAAAAAGGCUGUGUGUUUAAAGAUCUCUGCCAGAGUCCAGCUAAUUAUAGUUUUCUAUAGAAUUAUCCUGAGCAGUCUGAACUGUAUGUACUUCCUGCAGUGAUGUUUUAUCUACAUACAGUGUCUGUACCUUCAGAAAUACCAGGUUCCCAGGAGGCACUAAGGCAUCACCAGAGUUAUCUCAGCUUGUGCAGUAAAAGACAUUUUUUACUCAAUAAUGGCUAAACAUAGUUUCCACAAUCGUAAAACUAAUUCAUGUGCCAUAUUCCACUUGAAAGGUUGACUUUUUUCUUCCUGCAAGCUUUCAUGUGGCCCUUCCUGUCCAGAAACUGACGUAUAAUUGUUCUUUAUAGAAUGUUCCGGCAUCAGUUUUUAGAGUGCAGUAUUUAAACAUAGUUAGUGCGAUGGCUGAAGACAGCGCUGUGUUACACAGUUUCUUGUGUUGAUUGUAAAAUAAAUUGUGCCUAUUAAUAUAACCAACUCACAUCUUGUUUCAUAGUUUAUUGCUCAGGGGAGGCACAUAUUAGAAAACAGCAAAUAUUAGAAAACUUAGCAAAUAUUGGAGACCAAAGUAGUAAUUGCUUUUUGUUUGUUUGUUUUUAACUUAUUGAUUUGAGAGAGA